GAAAAGGAAGGAAGGGAAGCCAUUUUGUUGCUAUGAUUGUAAUACUUGUCCAUCAAGAAAAUUUUCAAAUGAAAGAGGACCCCCAUUCUCUGACCGAUCAUUUUAUCAGAGUCUUCUGGGAACAAGCAUUUAAAUGCUCGUUUCCAGAUUCUGCAACAGACAAAGGAAGCUGUACUGGCAAUGAGAGACUGGAAAGCCUUCCGCAUUCUUUUUUUGAAAUGAGCAUGACCAGUCAAAGCUACAGUGUUUAUAAUGCUGUCUAUGCUGUGGCACAUGCUUUGCAUGCCUUUUAUUCAUCCAGAAGGAAAUACGGAGCAGUGUUGGAUAGAGAUCAUCCAAGGACUUCUAAAUCACAGUAUUUUCAGCUUUACCAUUUCCUAAGUCAAGUCUCCUUUAACAACAGUGCUGGAGACAAGGUGUCUUUUGACAAGAAGGGUGAAUUGCUAGAUGGAUUUGACAUCAUCAACUGGGUUACUUUCCCUAACAAAUCCUUCAUGAAAGUAAAAGUGGGACAAAUGGAUCCUCAAGCCCCAUCAGGCAGAAGGUUCUCCAUCAAUGAAAGAAAAAUCACAUGGCCAGCCCAUUUUAACCAGACUAUACCUCUUGCUCUGUGCAAUGAUCAUUGCCCACCAGGCUCCAGAAAGAAAAGGAAGGAAGGAAAGCCAUUUUGUUGCUAUGAUUGUAAUACUUGUCCAUCAAGAAAAUUUUCAAAUGAAAGAGAUAUGGAUGACUGCUUAGACUGUCCAGAAGAACAAUAUCCAAACAAGGAAAAAAAUACGUGCAUUCCCAAGGAUCUAAAUUUCUUGUCUUAUAAUGAAACUUUGGGCAUCACUUCGACAGUUCUGGGUCUAUCAUUUUCUGUGACCACAGUGGUGGUACUUGGAAUUUUCAUAAAACAUCGGAAUACUCCCAUUGUCAAAGCUAACAACCGGAAUCUCACUUAUCUUCUCCUUGUCUCCCUCUUCCUCUGCUUCCUCUGUUCCUUGCUGUUCAUUGGUCAGCCCCAAUUGCUGACCUGUCUUCUUCGCCAAAUUGCUUUUGGGAUCAUCUUCUCAGUUGCGGUCUCUUCAGUUUUGGCCAAAACUAUCACAGUGGUUUUAGCUUUUAUGGCUACUAAGCCAGGAUCAAAAAUGAGAAAAUGGGUGGGGAAAAGAUUUUCAUACUCUCUGAUUCUCUGUUGUUCCUGCAUUCAAGCAAGUAUUUGCACAGUGUGGCUGUGCACUGGCCCUCCUUUCCCAAAUUUGGACAUGCAUUCUCUUCCAGAAGAGAUUGUAGUUGAAUGCAAUGAAGGAUCAGGCAACAUGUUCUAUUAUAUUUUAGGAUACAUGGGAUUUCUUGCUCUCAUCAGCUACAUUGUGGCUUUCUUUGCUCGAAAACUGCCAGACUCUUUUAAUGAAGCCAAAUUUAUUGCUUUUAGCAUGCUGGUGUUUUGUAGCGUGUGGAUGACUUUUGUCCCAACGUAUCUGAGCACCAAAGGAAAAUACAUGGUGGCUGUGGAGAUCUUCUCCAUCUUGGCUUCUGGUAUAGGAAUAUUGGGAUCUAUCUUUUUCCCUAAAUGCUACAUCAUUGUAAUGAGACCAGAACUCAACACAAAGGACCAUCUAAAAACAAAAAACUAAAUAUUACUAAUAUUCAUUGAUUUUGAAGAAUUUAGCAUGGUCUUGAAAGGAAAGUUGAAGAGAUAAAAUGUUGAUCAGUCAUGAGGAAGUGGAAUGUGUGAGGAAAAGAUGUAGAAUAGCUCCAACUUGAGCUCAAUGCUCUUAAAAUGGGGAAAGUCGAUUGUUUGGACUAGAUUUCAACUAUCUGUUUCUAUAACAUAUCACAAUAAAAUAGUAUUCCUAGAAUUCCUGCACCAUCAGAUUCGUGACCUGGCUCACUUGAAAAGGUUGACGCAGUUACAUAAAGAUUCAGUUACAUAAAAGGCAUACUACUUGGGUACUAUUAGAUAGCACUCCUUAAUAAACAGUACCUAGAGUAUCCUACUCCUGCCGGAGCUGAUGGAGCAAGCAGAGACAAUUGGAGGAAGUUGGACCUACAAAUAUCCUGCUCCCAUGCCAUGUAAGACUUUGUAGAUCGCAUGAGUUACAUCAGCAAGCUAUUAACAUUUAUUGAUAAAUACAUUAAGCAACCAAAGGUGUGUUACUACUUACUAAGUUUUGAACUGUUCUCAAAAUAUCCAAUAAAUUCUGGGAUACGUUUUAGCAUAUCUGCAGCCAAGUUUCAUUCAGCAGCCAAAUUUCAAUGUCAUAUUCAAGCAGAACCUUCCACAAUUCAGGCUGAUUUAGUUUAUCAUGCACUUUCUCUAAAUCAAAUAUUGUACUAUUUUCUUGGAUCGAUGUUUCUAGCAAUUAUUCUUAGUUUAGUUAUUUAAUAAUAUGAACAGUUGCUACAAAAUCAGUCCUAUCAUUUACUCACAUUUGCAGCAAAUAUAUUUUUACGUAUUUACAAAGUUUUCAUGUAAGGAAGAGGAAAAUAUAUGGAGAAUACUUAAAGCAUAUGUCAGGCCUGGAAGCCAUCUUUUGCAUUGGAUCCUCAGGCCUGUCACAUUUAGUACUGUGGGAAACUGGGAGGGGGGAUUGUAUGGAGCAGGAUAUAUAUAUAU